AUGGCGAUGAGUAUCGAGGAGCUCGACGCCACCGUGCGCGGCUUCUAUGAAGGUCGUGGCGAGCAGCAAAAGCAGGCACAGGCGACACUCAACCAAUUCAAAGAGAACCCGGAUGCCUGGCUGAUGGUGGACAAGAUCCUGCAAGACGCGCAAUAUCCGCAGACGAAGUACCUGGGACUACAAGUGCUCGACAAUGUGAUCAUGACGAGGUGGAAGGUCUUGCCACGCGAUCAGUGCCACGGCAUUCGAAAUUUCGUGGUCAACUUCAUCAUUGAGCAGAGUAGCACGGAGGAGAAGCUGCGCAAGGAGCGUGCACUGCUCAACAAACUGAACUUGGUGCUCGUCAGCAUCCUCAAGCAGGAGUGGCCACACAACUGGCCGACCUUCAUCAACGAGAUCAUCUCUUCAUGCCGCAGUAGCUUGCCCAUUUGCGAGAACAACAUGGCUAUUCUGCGUCUUCUAUCGGAGGAAGUCUUUGACUUUUCCGCAGAACAGAUGACGAGUACGAAGACACGGCAGCUGAAGCAGAGCAUGUGCGACGAAUUCACAAACAUCUACAACCUGUGUUCAGAGAUUCUCCGAACCGCAGAUCAAGCCAGCCUUAUCAAGGCGACGCUUGAGACCCUGCUACGCUUCCUCAACUGGAUCCCACUCGGGUUCAUCUUUGAGACUCCACCAACCGGCACAUCCCUCAUCGAGACGUUGCGCAGCCGCUUCCUUGAAGUUCCCGAGUUCCGCAACAUCACCCUCAAGUGCCUGACUGAGAUUGGCAGUUUGCAGACCGAGCACAACUGGAACGACAAGCUGGUUCAGAUGUUUACCGAUACCCUCACUACAAUCGCCAGCAUCAUCCCUCUCACCCUCGACCUGAAGACCACAUACGCUUCCUCCAACAGCAGAGAUCAGGAAUUCGUGCAAAAUCUCGCCCUCUUCCUCUGCAAUUUCUUCAGCAAUCAUCUCUCCAUCAUUGAGAACCUUCCAAACAAGGACUUCCUUCUCCAUGGCCACUUCUACCUCAUCCGGAUCAGUCAGAUUGAUGACCGUGAAAUCUUCAAGAUCUGCCUGGAGUACUGGACUAAGCUGGUCUGCGAGCUUUACGAUGAGAUGCAGCAGAUCCCUAUCACCGAGAUGAACCCCUUGAUCGGCGGUGCGGGAAUGCAGAACGGCGGCGCGAUCAACCCACAAGUCCUCGCCAACUACCCUCUUCGGAAGCACAAGUACACGGACGUGUUGUCUAACCUACGACAGGUCAUGAUUGAGAAAAUGGUGCGGCCGGAGGAGGUGUUGAUCGUGGAGAACGAUGAAGGUGAAAUCGUGCGCGAGUUCGUGAAGGAGUCAGAUACCAUUCAGCUGUACAAGACGACUAGAGAAUGCCUGGUAUUCCUCACCCACCUGGAUGUUGUCAACACCGAGCAGAUCAUGUCUGAGAAGCUUGCUCGGCAGGUCGACGGUACCGAGUGGAGCUGGGGCAAUUGCAACACCCUCUGCUGGGCUAUUGGUUCGAUCUCCGGUGCGAUGAAUGAGGAGACCGAGAAGCGCUUCCUCGUUACUGUCAUCAAGGACCUACUCGGUCUGACCGAGAUGAAGCGCGGCAAGGACAACAAGGCUGUCGUUGCGUCCAACAUCAUGUACAUUGUUGGCCAAUACCCACGCUUCCUCAAGGCACACUGGAAGUUCUUGAAGACCGUUGUCAACAAGCUGUUCGAGUUCAUGCACGAGACGCAUGAGGGAGUACAGGACAUGGCUUGCGACACUUUCAUCAAGAUUGCGAACAAGUGCAAGCGUCACUUCGUCAUCCAGCAGCCCGGUGAGAACGAGCCGUUCAUUGACGAGAUUGUCAAGACCAUGCGCAAGAUCACCUGCGAUCUGUCACCUCAGCAGGUUCACACUUUCUACGAGGCCUGUGGGUACAUGAUCAGCGCACAAGGCGCCAAGAACACUCAAGAGCGUCUCAUCGCCGAGCUGAUGAGCUUGCCAAACUCCGCCUGGGAUCAGAUCAUCCAGUCUGCUCACCAAGACCCCAGCAUCCUCCACAACUCCGAGACGAUCAAGGUCAUUGGCAACAUCAUGAAGACCAACGUGGCCGCGUGCAGCAGUAUUGGGCCGUACUUCUACCCACAAAUUGGCCGCAUCUACACCGACAUGCUUACUAUGUACCGUGCUUCUUCCCAGCUCAUUGAUGAAGCCGUGCAGCGGGACGGCAACAUUGCGACGAAGAUGCCAAAGGUCCGAGGUCUGAGGACUAUCAAGAAGGAGAUCCUCAAGCUCAUCACCACCUACGUCGAGAAGGCUGAUGAUCUCGAAAUGAUCCACUCCACUCUCGUCCCACAUCUGUUGGAAGCUGUUCUGCUCGAUUACAAGAACAACGUUCCUGACGCACGCGAGGCGGAAGUCUUGGCUGUUAUCACAGUGCUCAUCACCAAGCUCCAGGGCAUGAUGACCGAGCAAGUUCCGGCAAUCCUCGACAACGUGUUCGAGUGCACACUCGACAUGAUCAACAAGGACUUCUCCGAAUACCCCGAGCAUCGCGUGGAGUUCUUCAAGCUCCUCCGCGCAAUCAACCAGCGCUGCUUCCCGGCUCUCCUCAAGCUCGAUCAGACACACUUCAAGCUUGUCAUCGACUCAUGCAUGUGGGCAUCCAAGCACGACAACCGUGCAGUCGAAGGAGAAGGUCUCAACAUGUGCAUCGAGCUUGUCGAGAACAUGGCCAGCCACACCGACCAGCAGACCUGCGAUGCUUUCUUCCAGAACUUCUUCACUACCGUCCUGCAAGAUGUCUUCUUCGUCCUCACUGACUCCGAUCACAAGGCUGGCUUUAAGUACCAAUCAAUGCUGCUUGCUCGCCUCUUCUGGCUGGUCGGCGCCAACAAAAUCUCCGGACCCAUCUACCAACAAGGCCAAGCCCAAGCCGGUACCUCGAACCGUGACUUCCUGCAGAACUUCGUUGCAGAGCUCCUCUCCAACGCCUUCCCCAACCUUCAAGCCGCCCAGAUCACCAACUUCAUCAAGCAGCUCUUCGAGAACACUGAAGACAUUGCGAAGUUCAAGGUCAUCCUCCGCGACUUCCUGAUCCAACUCAAGGAGUUCUCCGGCGACAAUGCCGAGCUCUUCACCGAGGAUCGCGAGCAGGAUCUGCAGGACGCGAAGGAGCGCGAGCGUGACCGUAUGGCCAAGGUCGGUGGGCUUCUCAAGCCGAUGCCGACCGAGCCGCAGCUAGUCAUCGCUACAUGCAUGCGCGGCGUGGUACGGGUAGAGCCAAGAGCUCUCAUCGCACUCGAAAGAGACCAACGGUCGUCACAUCAGGGAAUAGCGAAACGGCCGAAACGGAUGAUUGCAUUGAGGACUGGAGAGGAGGUCUUUGACUCACAACGCUCCCCUCGACAUAUCCCAUGCUGUCGGAGUCAGACCAUAGCCAUGGCAGAUCUACUCGCUGUAUGUCAUUCCUACCAUGAAAUCGAGUGA